GUCUUGCCGUACGGCGGAGGUCAUCCAGGAGACGCCGAGCGUCUGUGGGGCCCGGGCCUUCCCUCCGUCUCCUCCGCCAGGCUCCGCUCUCCGGCCUGGACAUGUUCCGCCAGGCCGCGAGGCUCAGGCCGUGUGUCCGCCUGAAGCCCAGCUCCCGGCCCGAGCGCCGGCCGCCCAUUGCGGGGCUCGGUCUCCGCCUCGGCCCUCCACCUCCAUCGUGCCGCUGGGCCUCCCUCCCCGCCUGCGGGCCCCAGCACUUCCUGCUGCCCGGGAACGGGUUACCGGUGACGGCCAGGAGAUGGUACAGCCUCCCCCCACAUCAGCUGGUGACGUUACCUGCUCUGUCACCCACAAUGCAAAUGGGCACUAUAGCCCGGUGGGAGAAGAAGGAAGGUGAUAAAAUUAACGAGGGAGAUUUAAUAGCUGAGGUGGAAACUGACAAAGCAACUGUAGGCUUUGAGAGUCUGGAAGAAUGUUAUAUGGCAAAAAUCCUAAUGCCAGCUGGAACACGAGAUGUGGCACUUGGUACGAUCAUCUGCAUCACAGUUGACAAACCUGAGGAUAUUGAAGCUUUUAAGGAUUACACUCCAGAGGCAGCGGUGGCAGCUGCUUCUGGCCCACCACCUCCAGCAGCUGCUGCACCCUCUUCCACACCCUCCGCUCCACCCAAAGCUCCAGGCAGUUCUUAUCCUCCCCACAUGAAGAUUACCCUACCUGCUCUUUCUCCAACAAUGACAGUUGGUACUAUUCAACGAUGGGAGAAGAAGGUGGGCGAAAAGUUGCGUGAAGGUGACCUUAUAGCUGAGAUUGAAACAGAUAAAGCAACAAUAGGUUUUGAAAUAAUGGAAGAAGGUUAUUUAGCCAAGAUUCUGGUACCUGAGGGUACCCGUGAUGUUCCCCUUGGGACAACACUGUGCAUCAUUGUAGAGAAGGAAUCGGACAUUUCAGCAUUUGCCGAUUAUGUGGAAACUGGAGUUACUGAUACUAAGCCUCAACCUUCUCCACCAACUCCGCCUGCCUCUGUUGUACAACAGCCUGUGGCAGCACCCACUGUUUCUCCUCCAGUCAAGCCUAGAGAUCCCAAAGGUCGAGUAUUUGCUAGUCCCUUGGCAAAGAAACUGGCAGCUGAUAAGGGCAUUGACCUCCGACAAGUGAAAGGUACUGGACCCGAUGGUCAAAUCAGGAAAAAAGAUGUUGACUCAUUUGUGCCUUCAAAGGUCGUCCCAACUCCUGCUCCAACUGCUCCUGGAGUAGCACCUGUACCUACUGGAACAUUUACAGAUAUUCCUAUCUCUAAUAUACGAAAGGUUAUAGCCCAACGUCUUAUGCAGUCCAAGCAGACUAUCCCCCAUUACUACUUAUCUAUAGAUGUCAAUAUGGAUAAUAUUCUGGAACUUCGAAAGCAGUUGAAUGAGGAAGUCAAAUCUGAAGACAUUAAGCUGUCAGUAAAUGAUUUCCUCAUAAAGGCUUCAGCUUUGGCAUGCUUAAAGAUUCCCGAAGUUAACUCCUCUUGGUUGGACACAGUUAUCAGGCAAAACCACGUCGUGGAUGUUAGUGUGGCGGUGAGCACUCCUGCUGGUCUGAUCACUCCCAUUGUGUUUAAUGCACACAUCAAAGGACUAGCCUCCAUCAGUAAUGAUGUGAAAUCCCUCGCUGAGAAAGCUCGUGAUGGAAAACUCCAGCCCCAUGAAUUUCAGGGUGGAACGUUUACAAUAUCUAACCUAGGAAUGUAUGGUAUAAAGAAUUUUUCAGCGAUUAUCAACCCACCCCAAGCAUGCAUUCUUGCUAUUGGUGGAUCAGAAGAAAGACUGCUUCCUGCAGAAAAUGAGAGGGGAUUUAAUGUUUCCAAUAUAAUGUCAGUAACCCUGAGCUGUGACCAUCGUGUUGUGGAUGGAGCAGUUGGUGCCCAGUGGCUAGCCGAGUUCAAGAAGUUCCUUGAAAGGCCACCUACCAUGCUGUUAUAAAUUUCAAGAACUGGUGUUUAUUUAAGUGUCGAGUUUUUUUUCCCCUAAGGUGGUUUUAUUUAUGAAUUCCUUAUUCCUGUUAUCCAUGUAAGACUAAAGUAUUUGUACAAACAGUGAAAACAAGAUAUGCAAUUGAGCUCAAAUUCAUAGUAAAUUGAAGAACAAUAUACUGUUUUCCAGUUCCAGGUCUACAUAGAAACUAUCAGUACUGUAACUGAAUUCCUAACUGAUAAUUCACCUAAAUGCUCCACCCUUCCAUGUUCAGAUGCCACAAUCUAGAAAGGAAGUCUAACCAGUACCAAAAGUCCAUAAUAUAUUUAAAUCUGAGACUUUUUUCCUUAUUUUGAAGAAAAAUCAGAAUUCAAUGUACAAGAUCUUCUCUGCUUUCUGUAAAAGUGGUGUCAUAGAAUACCCUGGGCAUGACAGUAUUAAUCCUCACCAGGUAUAGGGCAUAUUUAUAUAUUUCUCUUAAUUAGCUGAUCUAAAAUCAGUGCUGAAGUACUAAAUUAAAAGCAUAACUUCUAGUCCAAUAUUAUUCGACUAACUAUGUUACAAUGAUCUGGAAUUAUUUUGAAAGUAAAUACUACACAUGAAUAUUGUUUUGGGUUGUAGAUCAGUACUUGUUAACCAGACAAGAAUUACAAGGAUUUUUCUUUCCCCAUUUUUAUGCAUCAGAUGACAAAUUAUUUAAAGUAGGUUAUCCCCCAGAAUAAUAUUAUGCAUCUUUAUACCCCUUUCCAAGUGUAAAUUGCAAUUAUUACUGUAAAUAAUAUGAAAUGAGAUGCAAAAGAACAACUUUCAAAGUGUUUAUAUUCCACAUGUGCCACAUAACAAAAAAUAUUUCAUUGCUGACAACUGAUAAAUGCCAGAUUGUUUCUUCAUUAGCAUUCUCAAAUCUGGUGGGUUUGUUUCCAACCCUCUUUAAAAUUGGCUGAGGCUGAGUAAAUUUUGAAAUACUGUAUCUUUACGCAGAGUUCAGAAAUGCAUGUUUCCAGUCAAUUUUCAGUCCUCUUGUGAUUACUGUCACUGCAAUCAGUACCUGCUUUUUUCCAGUUUGCACAUGUUUUGUCUAGUGCAGUCAGGUGGUGGAGAACAGGUAACUGCACACAGAACAAAAGUUUUUCUCCUGAUUUUAGUCAAGUCUUUCUGAAUUCCACAGAUAAUUAACAACUAGAUAUAAAAAUAAGUUUCAGAAUAAAAUAAUGAGCCCAAACCUGCUUAUAUUCUUUAGUUUGUGUUCUUGGUGCAGUGCAGGCUAAUUGUUUUGUUUACUGCCUAAAAUAUCUGUUGAUCAUUCUUACCACUCCAGAUACUUCAUGCCUUAUUAUUUAAUAUACCUAACAACUCUGACAAAUAGGAAAGGUGGGGGGGAAUAAAAGCUGAAACUUGAAACCAAAUUAAAUGUAGAGUACUGUACAAUAUCUCACAUUUGUAUGCCAGUUGUGUUACCAAUAAAAUGCCAUAUGCUCAUUAAUACUACUUAAAAGUAUAUUUGUUUGCUGUUCAAUGUGGUGUGAUUAAAUCGCCUUGUUAUCUAGAAUCAAUGUGUGCUGCAAAGAAGAAUAUUGUACUUCUAACAUCAUGGAUACUAAUUGAUCAACUGAAUUAACUUGAUUCUCAAAUGGAUUGCCUUGAUGUCCUGUAUAUCUUUGGGGUGCAUAGUAAUGCUUCAUUAUUAAGUAGCGUUUUCAUAAUUUGUAUAACCUUGUUUAUUAUUGUGAUGUUGCCAAUCAAGUUAAUUUGCUAAUUGUUGCACUUAAAGGAUUGCAUAUAAAAUAGGAAGCGCUUUUCUUUCCAGUGCACACUUCAUUUAUAAUUUGUAUUCUUUCCUGUUGGGGAUUAUGUACUGUUUGAUGGUGGGUGGGUCUGAGUAACACAUGAUGUCCCUCUUGCUUGCAGGUCAGUAUUGUUAAUAUGGAAAUUGUUAUGCUGCACACAUUGAUCUGACUUUAAAAAUCUGGGCAUUUUUGUUUUGGUGGAAGCACCAUUUUGCUGUAUAUUCAGCAUAAAACCAAUUUUUAGAAUUUUUAGAUCCUGAAAUAGUUUUUGGGGAGACUAAACAAAACGCACAAAUUGGUAAGGUCUCUGUAAAUUAUAGUGAAAUGUCUUAUACUAUAUCUGUAUUGUUAAUUCAAUCCACAACCUCCCAGACUAGCAACUUGGUAUGUAGUGGCAACUUACAUUAAAAACCAGGAUUUAAAUAAAAUAAUAGACAAAACAAUGAA